ACAAACGGGACGGGCCUAUACGACAAGGUCACGCUGCGCUCACCACCGCUUCCGUUUCUUCUGUACAGAUACCGGAUCGUGUCAUGGAGUCAUCAGAGAUGCUAGAUUGAUGCCCGGAGGUUUCCCGUCGCAGGAAUGAGCAGGAAGUGAACUGGACGUGGACGCGCCUUCUCGCUGCUACCCUGUACCUACCAGCUCUGCGUCUAACGGCGCGAUCUGCGCCUACCGUCUGUACAGAAUGCCUACCUACCCGACUGGAUACAGGUCGCCGACCUCACCACCGCACAAUCGCUACCGAGAUACCAGCCCAAGCAAGCCAUCGCCGCUGCGACAUACGCUCUCUACCAUCUCCAAUGACAGCGACGCGGAGAACACCGCGAUACUCAGUCGACACCCUACCGUCAAUAGCAACUCGAGCUCCAACUACAGCCAAAGUAGCUAUACGGGCUAUGACGCGACAAGCGACCCUUUCGUGAGCCGUGCGAGCGCAAAGCGGGAGCGUAGUGCGAGCCCGGUGAAGCAAAGCGCAGCGUUUGCCAAGUGGGAACAGCGUGAGCAGCAACAACAGACUCAAUCGCCGUCAAAGGUCGCUCGCAAGAUGGAUGUCGGCCCAAAGAAGGUUCAUGACGAGGACUGGCGGAUGGGCAUUGGGCGGGGUGAGAGCAGGAGCGCGCUACGACCGGUCGAGCUUAACACGCGGACCGACAGUGUGCAGAGUCGAUCGCAGACGGCAAGUAUGGAGUUCACAUCCCCCAAGAAAGAGAAUUACCAUCUUCCUCGGCCGCCGUCUCAGUAUGAAAGCAUGCAUCCGCCGCCAAGACCUACCUCACAUACUCGCGGUGGUAGCACAGACAGCCGCUUGCUGUCCUCCCCUGAGCCGACGUUGACGACAAGCCCACCUUCAGUCGCAAGUCGGAACAGCCUCGCGACGAUCACAAGGUCAGACUCGAUACGCGCCAGCACGCGUCCCCGAGACCGCGGCCAUAUGCGCUUCUCGUCCACAGACAAUGCGCUUCCACUGCUCGACGGCGAAGACCUGGCAACCUUGCAGAAAUCUUCCACGCCACAACUUCGCCAUCUUAGCAAGAUGGCGUCUGCGAAUGGUGGUGGCGAGGACCUGAGUGUCCAUUCACCCGAGGAGCAAGUGGUUGGCUUGACCGGAAGAAGAAAGCUUCAGCGGUCAGGCUCGGUCACGCCUGCGAAGUCUCAGUCGCACUUUGCCUCCCAGUUCUCCAGUACGCGGUGGAUGGAUUCUCAGCGCAAGCAUUUGCAAGCGUACGAGUACCUCUGCCAUAUUGGCGAAGCACGAGCAUGGCUGGAAGACGUUCUGGAUCCGACGGAGUUGCCGCCUAUCGUUCAGCUGGAGGAGGCUCUGCGAGAUGGUGUGAUUUUGGCAGAGGUGGUCAUACGUCUCGCACCGUCGCUCGCUCCCAACUCACAGCGCGCACUUGGAUCGAUGCGCAUCUUCCGAAGCCUACGGCUACAGUUUCGACACUCGGACAACAUCGCACUCUUCUUCCGCUUCUUGUCGGAAGUCGAUCUACCAGAACUGUUUCGUUUCGAGCUGGUCGAUCUUUACGAGAAGAAGAACAUUCCUAAGGUGAUCUACUGUAUUCAUGCGCUCUCCUGGCUGCUUUUUCGGAAAGGUAUCGUCGACUUCCGGAUAGGCAACCUGGUUGGUCAGCUUCACUUCGAGGAGCACGAGCUUGAGGAGACACAGAAGGGAAUUGACAGGUCUGGAGUCGCCAUGCCCAACUUCGGCGGGAUGAGAGAAGCCAUGCAGGUCGAGCCGGAACCGGAACUAACAUCUGAUGAGCUUCUCGCAGAGCAGGAAGACGUGCUUGUAGACCUGCAAUCACAAGCGCGUGGUGCACUUGUUCGACUACGACUUGGCGCAGUUAUGCAAGACCUCUGGGACUCCGAAGACAGCAUCGCCGCCUUCCAAUCUCUCGCUCGCGGAGGUUUCGCUCGAGAGGUGUUCGACUUCAAAUAUAUGAUGGACCGAUCGAACCGUCAUUUCCAAGCCGCAGCCAAGGCGUUCCUGGUUCGAAGAAGUAUACACAGGAAACAGCGCGCUUGGCGGGAUAAUAAGCAGGCCGUUGUCAAGGUGCAGAGUCUGUGGCGGGGACGACAGCAACGCGGUGAAACGAAGCAACUUCGAACGCAGCUGCAAAGGCAACGGCAUGGGCUUAAGGAACUGCAAGCGGCCAUCCGUGGAGCGCUCGGGAGAUGGAGAGCUGGCGACAUGUGGCAUGAGUCGAGGGAAGUAGAGGGUGAGGUUUUCGCCUUUCAAACCCAAGCUAGAGGCGCGCUUGAGCGGAUGCGCAUUGCUGCAAUCAUGAACAGAUUGUGGGAUGUCGAGGACACCGUGUGCGCUCUCCAGUCUGCUAUGCGAGGCGCUCAGUUGCGAAGGCAUGUACAGAGCCAGAAGACAGCCGCACGACAAGCAGCUGCAAACAUUGUGCGCUUCCAAACCGCAGCUCGUGGGCUGCUGCAACGCAACGAAGUACAGAGGCAUCACGGCCUCCUCCAGACACACGAGCCUUCCAUCACCGAUGUGCAAGCUGCGGGCCGCGGACUACUGACAAGGCUGCGGGAAGCUAGGGUGAAAGGCGCGCUGCAGGGACGUGAGGCUGGCUUCCUGAAGGUGCAAUCCUUGCUGCGAGCGCACCAGGCCAGGAAGAACGUCAAGAUCCAGAAAGCCGAGCUGCUGGUCACGGAUGACAGUAUUACUGCCUACCAAGCGGCUGCGCGUGCAUCCAUCUCCAGGCAACAGACGAAGCAAUUGCGCCGAGAGAUCCAGCAACAUGACGGGGAGGUACUGCAGCUUCAGUCUUUUGUGAGAGGGAUGCUUGAGCGAGGAAGAAUCGGACUCGACCUUGCCGCGCUGGAGGAGCAAGAAGAACAAAUCGCGGCGCUUCAGUCCCUAGGCCGAGCGUAUAUCGAGCGCCAAAGGAUCUUUAACAUUCUCGUUGCCAUGGAGCGCGAAGAUAAAGGCAUUACGCAACUUCAGGCGCUCGCUCGUGCCAUGCUGCUGCGGAGCCACAUCGGUGGACAACUUGCCGAGCUCGAGGAUCACGAGAAUACCGUUCUGCAGCUCCAGUCGGCGGCCAGAGCAUUCGUGGUCCGAGGACGCUUCACGGCAAAGCGUCAGCACUACCGCGAGAACAUGCAGAAAGUCAUCAAACUGCAGUCUUUUGUCCGCGCCAAGCAGCAAGGAGAGAGCUACAAGAGUCUUGUGAAUGGCAAGAACCCUCCUUUACCUGUCGUGCGACGCCAUCUGCACCUUCUGACCGACAACAAUCUGGACUUUGAGAGCGAGCUCGAAGCCGAGCGUCUGCGCCGGCAAGUCGUCGAAAGCGUCCGCCGGAACGAGCUGGUUGAGGGGUAUGUGGAAGGGCUGGACGUCAAGAUCGCACUACUAGUCAAGAACAAGAUCACGCUUGACGAAGUGGUGAAGCAUCAGAAGCACUUCGGUGGCUCAGCCUCCCAGCUCCUGCGCCAGGGUAGUACUUUGGCGAGUGGCAGUGGCUUCGAUCUCAAGGCUUUGAAUAAGUCGAGUAAGAAGAAGCUGUCGGGAUAUGAGGAGCUGUUGUUCUUGCUGCAGACUCAGCCGGUGUAUCUCGCGCGGCUGUUCUACCAUUUGACAGGGAGAGGCAUCACGGAGAAGGAUGGCAAGAACUAUGAGCGGCUGUUCAUGACGCUGUUCGGGUAUGCGCAGAAAAGUCGAGAAGAGUAUUUGCUGCUGCGUGUACUGGCGGCGAGUAUGCAGCUUACCGUCGAGCGGUCGACCCAAGUUGAGGAGACUGUACGACAGCAAAAUGGGGCGUUCCACCAGCGGCUUCUGCUGGGCUAUGUGCGCAGUCCGCAUUGCAGGGCUUACCUGAAGUCCCUGUUCGGGAAUUUGGUGAGAAACGAGAUUGUAGGGCAAGAGCAUCUGGAUUUGGAGAGCGAUCCGCUGCACAUAUACCGCGCCUUACUGGGUAAUGAGGAGCUGUCGACCGGCCAGACAUCGACCCGCCCUCGCGACUUGCCGCGAGAGGUCGCGAUCCGCGAGCCUGAUGUUCGCCAGACUUACGUUCAGCAUCUGCAGGAUCUGCGAGACAUCUGCGAUGGAUUCUUUCUGUCGCUCGAGGAGUCGAUGCAUCGAAUGCCGUACGCCGUGCGGUAUCUGGCGGCUGAGCAGUACCGCGUUUUGUCGCAGCAUUUCCCUCACGACGAUCCAGCGCAAUCGGCCCUGCUUGCUGGCAACUGGCUGUGGAAGUCGUACCUCCUACCUGCUUUGCGAGAGCCAGAGAUGUGGGGUGUCGUGGACCAUGGGUUGGGUCCGAUCAACAAGCGUAACCUGAGCCAGGUGACUGCUGUGCUGGGUCAAGUCGCGUCGGGAAGAUUGUUCGGUGCCGACCAUCUCUACCUCCAACCGCUCAACAACUGGGUGACGGAGUCACUGGAGAGAUGGCACGAGGCUCUGCAUCAUGUCUUCGCCAUCCCGACUGCGGAGGAGCACUUCGAUGCGGAUCAAUUCAGCGACCUUUAUGCGAGGACGAAGCCGACGUUAUACAUCAAGCUCGCAGACGUCUUUACGCUGCAUAGCCUUGUCGCGGAUAACGCGGCAUCCAUUGCACCGAGCCGAGACGACCACAUCAAGGAGGUUCUUACCGAUCUGGGCUCAGCGAAGAGCAACGAGAGCGACCUCAGCGGUGCUGCGACUGGUGGAGAGAUCACACUGACGCUCAAGUCCCGGUUCACUGUGCAGGAAGAUCCCAACGCUGAAGCAAGGGCGCUCUUCAUGGCGACGAAGCGCUUGGUGCUGUACAUUAUAAAGGUUCAGACUGGCUCGAAUCUUUUGGAAAUCAUGUGCCGGCCGAUUACGCACGCCGACGCGGACCGGUGGAUUGAGGUUCUCACCGAGGAGCGGGCAGAGAAAGAUCGCGAACGGCGGCAUCCAAAACGCGCCAACUCGGCCUUCGAUCCGAGGGCCUCAUUGCGAGGCUCAAGAGCACAAUCAGUAUACUCUGAAGCGCACUCUGCCUUCUCUGAUGACACCCGCCGUGACCUGCUCGACCUGGAAAGCAUGACAUUCGUCGAGCUGAAGCACCAAGCACUUGAGAACAUCAUCGCGCUCGAACAACCGCACGUCCCCACACAAUUCCGAGUCAGCCGGCACAACAACUACCAGGACCUCCUCAACGCCCUAGCAGCAGACAUUCGCCAGAAGCACCGUCGUCGAAUGGAACGCCAGCGCGAGAUCGAAGGGACGCGAGCCACGCUCUCACAGCUCAACAUCAAAGCCGCCGACCUCGAGGAUCAGCUGAAGAAGUACAAUGACUACAUCGAGCAGUGCAUGCACACGCUGGCCAACAAAAAGGGAGGGAAGCAUAAGUUCAUGCUGCCCUUUACCAAGCAAUGGUCCCACCAGCGCGAGCUGGAGAAAGCGGGUCGACAGCCUCGCUUCGGAUCUUACAAGUACUCUGCCCGUCAACUCGCAGACAAAGGCGUUCUGUUGAGCUGGGCAGGGUAUCCGCCCGAGCAUUGGACUCAGCUGAAUGUUGUCAUCAGUUCGGAUGAGGUAGGCGUAUUCCACCUGGAAGCGAGCUCUGGAAGUAUGAUGCUACCCGGUGCGAGCACGAAUGUGCUAUUGGACAAUUUGUUCGAGGCGCAGUUCGAGAAUCGCCAUGCGAUUACGGUAUUUGAUGAUGGGAAGGGAGCAAGCGGAGGAGCGAAGUUGGAUGUAAAUAUGCUGUUGCAUCAGCUGUUUAAAAAGUUCUAUCCGGAGUGAUGAAGGUAGAGGAGUAUGGGCAUAGUGGGUAGCAUGGGGGUAGCGAUGCGUCAAUACAUACUUCGGUGCUGUCUGAUGUGCAUUAACGAAUACAUAGAGCUUGCUUGCUGCCACCGACAGAUUGCUCGGUACCCGUGCACGCACGCUAAUGCAGCUCGCAUUUGGGAGAUUCUGCGAGUUCCAGCUGGACCUUACGAUCCCAACGACAUGCUUACUCCUGCA